AUGGCGGACAAUUCUAGCUUCGACCAAGCUCUACUCGGGAGCUCCAUUGACGUUGACUUCGAGUUGACUUUCGACGACCUCUACUUUCCUUCUGAGAAUGAAUCCUUCUUCAUCCCUGUUGAUGCCACGAACCUCGAGGUGUCUGGUGAUUGCUCCGCUACUGCGACGGUCGUUGAUGUCUCGGAAGCUACGAUUGCUUCGUCAUCUGAAUUAGAAAAGGUGGUGGUUGAUCGGAAUUUGAAGGUGGAGGAGGAAGCUACUACGUAUAAGACGAAGAGGAAAAGAGAAGAAGAUACAUCGUUGAACAAUAAGUACAGGAGAUCAAAUGAAGAUGGUGCUGCUGCAAGUUGUGAUGAAGAAGGUUAUGAGAAGAGGAACGCGAGACUGGUUCGAAACCGUGAAAGUGCUCACCUUUCAAGACAGAGGAAGAAGCAUUACGUGGAGGAGCUUGAAGAGAAAGUCAAGAAUCUGCAGUCCGUUAUAACGGAUUUGAACAGUAAAGUCGAUUACUUUAUGUCUGAGAACGUCACUUUGAGGCAUAAGGUGGGUCCCGGAAAAGGCAUGUGCUGGCCACCGUCUGGAAUAUAUCCAAUGCCCUAUCCAUGGAUGCAGAUUCCGCCUUAUAUGGUUAAACCGCAAGGUUGUCAUCAAGUAGUGCCUAUGCUUCCUAUUCCUAGGUUGAAACCACAACAAUCCUUUGCUGCUAAGGUGAAGAACUCAGAAGCUAAGACCAAGAAAGUUGCUAGUGUUAGUGUUCUUGGUCUUCUCUUUUGUUUGUUUUUGUUAGGUGCGUUGGCUCCGAUUGUGAACGUUAGCUUCAAGGAGUGGGAAGAAAGAGAUUUAUUAGAUUCCUCAGUUAAUAGUAGUUGUAGAUCACAGUGUGGGAGAGGUUCUGAUCAAGGAGUGGGAAGAAGCGUAUCUGCAACAGUUAACUCUGUGCCUCUUGGAAACAGUAGUGAACUAAUAGUUGCGUCACUAUUUGUUCCGAGGAAUAAGAAGCUUGUGAAGCUAGAUGGGAACUUGAUUAUUCAUUCUCUUUCGGCUAGCGAGAAAGACAUGGCUUCUGAAACGAAGCCUGCACUGCGUUCAUCUGACUCCACAAGGACCAGGGAUAUGCCUAAGCAACUAAAGACCGAAAAGAGAGAAGCUCUGUCAUCUUCUGGCUCUGAUGAUUCGAAAGACCAACGCAACUCAACAACAGCCAAUGGUGAAAUGCAGCAAUGGUUUCGUGAAGGUGUUGCAGGACCAAUGUUCAGUUCAGGGAUGUGCACCGAAGUGUUUCAGUUUGAUGUCUCCUCAAACUCUGGAGCCAUCAUUCCUGCUACUCAACAUCCCAAGAACACCACCAAUAAACACAAGGGAAACAAUAACAGAAGAAUCCUCCGUGGUGGUUUUCCAGUAUCCGAUUUAACCAAAGAUCAAAACAGUUCUAACAAAGACAACUUUGGAACAACCAAGCCAUUUCCAUCUAUGGUUGUAUCUAUACUUACUGAUCCCAGAGAAGAAGGCAGUGAUGGAGACAUGGCUGGAGGUAGAAAGUCACUGUCCCAUGUUUUCAUAGUUGUUCUUGUUGACGGUGUCAAGUAUGUAACCUACUCCUGCGUCCUUCCACCACCAGAAGAAGUCCCUCAUCUUGUAACCACUUGACUUGCUCUGUGUAUAUAAAUCACAAAAAGAAGUUUUCACACAAUGAAAGUUAUACCAUCG